UUGGACCAUGUGACUGUAGGGUCAGCGGGUGUCACAGAGUGUGUGGGUUCAGUCACAAAGCAAAGUGUGUGUGUAUCUGUGUGUGUGUGCAGUUCUUGCAAGAGAGUUCUGAUCCACCCGCUGCUGCUGCUUCAGCAGUAGAAACACAAACACACACACACACUGAAAUUGAGAGUGAUAUGGAGCGUGUGUGUAACUGAUGUUUCUUCAUUAGAAAGUGAUCGGCACUAAAGUCAUCUACGGUAUCCGGUAACACGUGUGUAGUAAAGAUGAACUGGGCAACAUUCUAUGCGGUGAUCAGUGGUGGGACUCGUCACUCCACGGCUCUGGGUCGAGUAUGGCUGUCGGUGCUCUUUGUGUUCCGUGUGCUGGUGCUGGUGGUUGCAGCAGAGAGCGUGUGGAGCGACGAGCGUGAGCAGUUCACGUGCAACACACAGCAGCCGGGCUGCAACAGUGUAUGCUACGACCAUUUCUUCCCCAUCUCACACAUCCGUUUGUGGGCACUGCAGCUCAUCCUGGUGUCCAGCGCCACACUGCUGGUGCACAUGCAUGUUGUGCACAGAAAGCACCUGCAGAAGAAGCUGCGGCACCGUCACACAGGUGCAGGUGAGCUGGAGCGGAUUGGCGCGCGGGCCACAGAGAUCAGAGGCGCCCUCUGGUGGACGUACAUCCUCAGUCUGUUGGUGCGCAUCACCUUCGAGUCUGCCUUCCUCUACCUUUUCUACGCCAUCUACCCUGGAUACCGUAUGUUCCGCCUGGUCAAGUGCGAUGCCUAUCCAUGUCCUAACAUCGUCGACUGUUUCGUCUCACGUCCCACAGAGAAAACUGUCUUUACUGUCUUCAUGCUGGCGGUGUCAGGUGUGUGUGUGCUCCUCAACAUUGCGGAGAUUGUCUUCCUCAUCUCCCGCGCUGUGAACAAACACCUGAACGCCAGCGACCAGUCACACCUGGGGAACUGGAUUAGCCACAAACUUUUCUCCAUCUAGAGGGAAAAACCUCUGCCUUGUGUUUACCCUGCUCCAUCUGACUAGAUCACGACACUCACACUGACACACACUUACUUUCAUUAUGUGAUAAAUAAACACACCAAUGUUUAACAUAUUUGAGCAAUAAUGAGAUUGAAUAACUCUUGAAGUUCAGUAACGAUCUAGCUAACAUUAGAUAAACCAUUGUGGAGAUGUCAUACAUGAUGAAGAAAUAAAACUUAAGCCCCACCCUGAUUCAGUUCGCUGACUGGAUUUAGCUAAUCCUGUGCUGAGGAGUGUUAUGCUGAAUAACAGUAACUGUGGCAGGACGGAGUAUAUGUGAAUAACUGACCGAAUAGGUUAUGAUAGUGCCCUGCGAUGGAUUGGCACGCUGUCCAGGGUGUACAGUGCCUCGUGCCCUAAGCCUCCUGGGAUAGGCUCCAGGACCUCGUGACCCCGAAUACAAGAUAAAGAGGUAUAGAAGAUGAGUGAGUGAGUGAGUGAGUGAGGUUAUGGUAGUUCUCCAUCAGGGUGAUUCCUCGUUGUAAACCCUAAUGUGGUAACUGUUUCUCUUAUAAUGCAUUGCACUAAAUCAGUCUUGGCUAACAUAGACGUUGUACACAAACUUCAUUGUUUAAUUUACACAUGCUAAUAAAUAACAUUUUAUACAUUAUU